CACUAUUCAUGCUUAGCACAGGUUGAAUGCUGGGCAACAAAGUAUCACAAGUGAAGCGUGUGGGCAGGAGGUGAACUUUAUUCGUUCACAGCAUUGCAGGCCAUAACCUUUUUUUCUUGAUCUUUUAAUUUUUUUAUUUUAAUGCUUGUUUCUGCGCUUGGAUCGUGGAUCAGGACGAAUGGGCAUAAGAUUUCUCCCUGUUUAUGGCUUUUUAAAACUAAAUACAUUGGUGUUUUAUGAUCUUCUCGGCUUUGUUCAGGACCCUCGAUCAUUGAUCAUGUCUCAGGAGGAAAUGGUGCCGUGAAUGUUUAGCAAGCAGCAUCUAACAGCCCCUGGAAAGUACCUUAGUGUUUUAUUUCUGAGCUGAAAGAUUGUAUUUUUUCAGGGGGGAGGGAGCAGCAUCAUUGUGGCGCGUGAAGGAUAAACAUGUUUCUCACUUUAAAGUUUGGUUUCAUUUUGCGCAUCAUGGUUUUGUCCUGCACUGAGCAGCUGUCUGGAGUUUAGGAAAUGUUACCGUGAACUGAACUUGUGUACAGACGCUUUUUUGGAAUUUUUAUUCCUUUUUUAAAAAAAAUCUUCUUUUCAAAAUGGAUGUAACUGUGUCUGAGCUGAUGGCGAACUUCAUGGAGUCCCCGCUGGUGAUUUGGGUGAAGACAUUUGGGCCGCUGGCUUCCAACUCCGAGGACAAGCUCUCCAUGUUCAUGGAGUUAGUGGACGGUGUCUUCCUUCAUAAGAUCAUGACCAUCAUAGACCCCAAUCCUACGAACCACCGGGUGAACAAACAAGUGAACAGUGACGUCAACCUCAGAAUCCAGAACCUCAGCACUGUGAUCAGACACAUUAGAAGCUACUAUCAGGAAAAUCUCCAGCAGCUCAUUCUGAUGACGUUACCCAACGUUAUGACCAUCGCCAAGGACCCGUUGUCAGGCAAGGGCAUGGAGGAGAUGAAGAGGCUUUUGCUGCUGAUCCUGGGAUGUGCUGUUCAGUGUGAGCGUAAAGAGGAAAUCAUUGAGAAGAUUAAGCUGCUAGACAUUGAAACCCAGACUGCCAUCGUCUCCCAUAUCCAGGAGGUGACCCACAACCAGGAGAAUGUUCUGGACAUGCAGUGGCUGGAGCUGGGGGAGCUGCCACCCGAGGACCUGGACACACUGUCUCGUACCAUGGCCUUUCACCUCCGCAGACUUGUUGAAGAGCGUGAUGAGAGCUCAGAGCUGAUCUUGGAGGUGACUCAAGAGAGAGAUUACUUGCAGUCGCAGCAACUCCCAAUAUCCGUAAACUGCUCCAAUGACCUGAAAUCUCAGCCCUCGAUACUCACCAAAGAAGAACGACAGCACGUAGCAGUGGAGCUUGCAGACACCAAAGCCAAACUGCGCCGCUCCCGCCAAGAACUGGAAGAGAAGACGGAGCAGUUGAUCGACGCUAAGAAUGAACUGGAACGUCUGGAUGCGGAGAUGCAAAAACUGAAACAGGAGAACAUGCAGCUUUUAGCAGAGGCGCGGUCGGUACGAGCGUAUCGUGAUGAGGUGGAUGCUCUGAGAGAACGUGCCGGCAAAGUGGAUCGACUCGAAACAGAACUUGCUCGCUUCAAAGAGAAACUUCAUGAUGUUCACUUCUACAAGGCCCGCAUGGAGGAGCUGAGAGAGGACAAUAUGACACUGCUAGAGACAAAGGCCAUGCUAGAGGAGCAGCUGGGUACAGUUAGGGGGCGCUGUGACAAACUACACGAGCUGGAGAAGGAGAACCUGCAUCUACGAUCCAAACUGCACGAUAUUGAGAUUGAUCGGGACAGUGAUAAGAAGCGUCUAGAGGAGCUGCUAGAGGAGAACAUGAUGCUGGAGAUUUCACAGAAGCAGAGCAUGAACGAAUCUGCUCACUUGGGCUGGGAGCUGGAGCAACUGGUUAAAAACAAUGACGUCAAUGACGUACGCAAGUCUUUUGUGGUUGAGAUGAACGAGUCGGCAUCCAGUCGACUUCUGAAGCUAGAGAAGGAGAACCAGAGCCUGCAGAGCACCAUCCACAGCCUGCGGGAAACCACACUCAGCCUUGGAGAGGGUCAGCUCCACACCAUGGAGCUGGAGAGGGAGAACCAGGGUCUCAGCCAGAAGCUUGAGAGACUGCAGACUCAACUGGACCAGGAGAAGCAGACUAUAAAGGACUUGGAGAAUAUCGGAGAUGAGCUCGUCAGGGAAAAACAGAAACUGGAGAAUGAUCUAGAAAAUCAAAGGACAGAAAAGGGAAAACAGAUCUCAGAGCUGGAGCGAGAGAAGGAGAACCUGAUCCAGACUGUGAACUCCCUGCGGAAACGUGCCCAAGAAGACGGUGAGGCACGUGUACGGGAUGUGGAAACGGAGAAUCGUAUUCUUCACCAGAAGAUGUCAGACACCGAAAGUCAGCUGGUGCAGCUUGAGAACGAGAAGCAGAUGAUUACCAAGAAGUUGGAGGAAGAACGGGAAUGUACCAAGGAGCUACAGAGGACUGUAAAGAGCAUGGAGUGUGCUCAGAAGCAAAUCCAGGAUGAGUUGACUUCACUCAAAGGGGCUGAAAAACAGCUUGAAGCCGUGCAGUGCAAGAACAACAUCCUAGAGCAGGAGAACUGCGAGCUGAAGAAGGACGCAGAAGAGUUACAGAGUGACAACAUGCGUCUCAAUCUGCUGAAGAAGGAGUACAGGAAUCUGGAAAGUGAGAAUGCAGAGCUUCGGAGCAGCGUAGCUGAGCUCCGUUCACAAGCCAAGCGCACCGAAAGACUGGAGAUCAAGUGCAGCAGCCUUGACAAGGAAAACCAGCGGCUCCAACAGAGCCUGGAAAGCAGCAGCUCCAAAAUCCAGGGCAUCAAGAAUGAGCUUCACGAGGCAGAGGCCCAGAGCGAGGAGCUGCGUCAUGAACUGGAGGAGCUGAGGAAAGUGGCGAGACGUGCUGAGGAGGCAGAGAAGGAGCGACGUAGAUUGGAGCAGGAGCUUGGCCAAGCCGAGAAAGAGAGAAAGCAACUGGAAAGGGAGGCACGUAGGUUGAGGCAACAAGUGGACGUGAGGGAAUCCGCACUCGAGGAAAGCUCACUUAAACUGAGCAACAUGGAGAAAGAAGGAACAGCCAUGAACAAGGAGCUUGCACGGCUCCAGGACGUUGCCAGUAGAGUCAAGGAUAUGGAGAAAGACAACAAGGAACUGCAAAAACAGGUCACCAUUGACAAGAAGACUUUGGCAACACUCCGAGAGGAGCUGGUGAAUGAGAAGCUGAGGGUGCAGCAGCAGUGUAAUGAGCUGGAGAAGCUCAACCAUGAGCUGGAGAAGAUAGGCCUGAACCGAGAGAGACUGCUGCAGGAGGAACACCGCUGCGAGGACAACUGGAGUAGUAAGUACAGGAUCCUGGAGACAAAGAUUGAGUCAGCUCUGAAGAAUUCUCUGGAACUGAAGGAGGAAAAGAUUCAGAGCCUGGAGUCACGUCUAGAGGAGAGCAGCAGCUUGAACCAGCAGCUACGCACCGAGCUCACAUCAGUGAAGAAGAGGCUGGAGGCCUUGAGGCAGAGGCAGGAGGAGGAGGCUGCCCACUCUGAAUUAUCCCAGAAGGCUGUGGAGCAGGGCAGGUCUGGAACCAGUCAAGAGAAAUGGGAGACGGAACAGAGAGAAAUCACGUCUGAGCUGCUUAAACUCAAAGAUCAUCUGAUUGAUGUAGAAAAGAAUAAUGCGUCCUUACAGACGGAGAAGCAUCUACUGAAAGAGCAUCUGAAGCAGCUGGACUCGCAGAACACACAGCUGAACGCUCAGACCCUGGCUCUGCAAAAACAAGCCACAACACUGCAGGAGCAGAACACUGCGCUUCACAAAGACACCGCCAAACUACAGGUAGAGAACUCCACUCUGAAAUCUCAGAACUCGUCUCUGACCGCUCAGUACACGGCACUACAGACUCAGCUGCAGACUCUGGAGGCAGACACUGAGGUGCUGCAGAGGCAGCGUGAGGAAGCUCGAGCAAGAAGUGACAAUAUCGCACAGGACCGCGAGCGCCUGCUCAGCGUCCAUGAGAGGCAGGCAGCUGAGUACGAGCAUCUCAUCACCCAGCACACUGCCUUGAAGAGCACCCAGAGAGCGCUGGAGCAGGAACACCGCAGUCUGGAGAGCAAGUACGUGCAGCUUCUAAAACAGAAGGAGGCUCUGGAGGAACUGGAGGCGUCUCUGCAGAAAGAGAGGGAGAGUCUGGGGGAGGAGAUUCGUAAAAACACUCAGAUUAUGGAAGAGAACCGCAGUCUGAGAGAGGAGAUGAACAGACUGUCCCAAAAACACGCACAUUUACGUCAGGAGUAUGACGGGCUGCAGCUUCAGAGCAAGGAGCUAAAGACUUCUCUGAACGAGUCCCAGCUGGAGCUGAACCGCUGGCAGGCGAGCUUUGACCAACUCAAAGAGAAGCACCAGGGCCUGGACAUCUCCAUGACCAAAAUGGAAAACCACUGUGAGCUGUUGACUCGGCUGAAGGGGAAUCUGGAGGAGGAGAACCACCACCUGCUGAGCCAGAUACAGAUGCUGGGCCAGCAGAACCAGACACUGCUGGAAAGGUCCAUGGAGAGCAAGGAGCUGUACCACGAGGAGCAGAAACAGUACAUCGACAAGCUGAAUUCGUUACGAAGGCAAAAAGAGAAGCUGGAAGAAAAGAUCAUGGAUCAGUACAAGUUCUAUGACCCGACUCCUAAAAAGAAGGGUCCCUGGGUGGGAGCUAAAGCGAUAGCUAAAUUAAUAAAACCCAAGAAGGAAGGGGCACGGGAGAGGCAGGACCGCUCUCGUGAACGGAUCCUGAGUGCCCCAGACAUCCCUCUGCCUGACAUCCCUCAUCAUCUGGACUGUUCUGCAGAAAGCCCUAUUCUUUCUCCACCUCCACUGCCCUCUCGCCAGAAUUGCCUUAACCUGGACUCACCCAGCAGCAUCUCAGAGGAGGAAAACUGUGCACACUCCUCCCCAGUCUUAUCCACACCUUCAAACCACACAGGUCAGAGUUACAACAGUGCUUCCAGAAUGUCAGAGGCAUACCGUCCAGGAGGGGGCAGCACAGAGGACAUGAACGGAUAUGAGGAGCUGGUGCUUAGACAGAGAGGUUUAGAGCCAGGGGCAUCCACUCCACUGAACCACAACUCACUCAAUGUACCAGGCUUCACCUCUUCCAGCUCGCGGCCAGGGCGCAGGCCCAAAGGAUUAAUCUCCGAGGAGGACCUGCGUAUACACUCCCUCGAUGCUGGCUUUGGGAGCGGUGGCCAUGGAAACGCAGGACUCAGGCUUAAUUCUGGUGAUUACAGUAACAACACCUCCACCAGCAGCUCCCCGGUCAACUCCAAAGGUUCCCUGGAGCGCAUACAGAGACAUUCUGCCAGUCUCUCCUGUGAUGAUGUGGUUGGACUGAGCCAUGAGAGCCCCACAUUUAGCCAGUCUUCUCUGCUACCUCGUAGCUCCACCCUUCCCUAUGAAGCCACCCCUCUAUCCCGGUCUACCCCACGAGCCACCGGUCCACGCCCCAGAUCCCCUGGCAGUGAGAUGGUCACCCUGGAGGAGUUUCUGCAGGAAGGCAAAACCUUGCCACCUCCUACUGUGCACACAGGAAGUCGGGAGGAUCUAAUGACUGACUAUUUCAGCAGAGCGGGCAGGCCAACGCCACCUAUGAAAGAUGGCAGCAAAACACCAACUAGUUAUGUCACGCCCACCAUCAAAACACCAUCCAUACCAGAUGGGCGAUCCUCCAAACCUGGGCACAGUGUUAAACCAAGCAUACGCCUAACAGAAGCUUCCAUUAACCUUUCUCAAUCCCAGACGCUUCCUAACAGAGGCACCGGUGGGACUGGGGGGCGAUCUUCGCACCUACAACACUCAGGGGCUCGUGGAGGAACUGCAGGCAGCAGCAGCCUGAGUCGCACUUUCAGCCUGGCCUCAGCAGACCUCCUCCAAUCGAAUGGCCCUGACUGUUACCGGUCCGAGGGGGGCGGCAUCAUGCAGGCCGAGGGGGCAACGAGGAGGGAGCGUCCACUUUCAGCCAGACUUACCGGAAGCUCUGGGUAUCUUUCAUUAGACCCCCGGCGCUUCUCUGUAGCUCCUUCCAGGGAGGAUCAACCCCUCACCUCUUCUUCCACAGAUCGAGGUUACACAGGAAGUGGUGGUCGCUCAGGAACCCUUAACUCUAACACUUCGCACCAACCUCGGGGUGAGGUGGCAUUGGUGACACCAGUCCGUGCUGUCUCUGCCCUUAGGCAAAAGGAGGUGGAGGACCACAGAGAGCCCAGGCAGACUGAGCCAUCUUCAUCCUCAUUAAAGAAAUCAGACAGUUCUGGUGGUUAUGUAGAGGAAAGGCCCAUGAGCACACCAGCCUCACCAGACCCAAACAACGACCAGCAGACUGUUUGGUACGAAUACGGCUGUGUGUAACCCAAAGUUCAACCCUGUGGUAGUUCUGUUAAACCAUAUCCACAGUGUUUUUCAUUCACAACACUUUGGGACUGCAGUGACGUUGACUUUAGACUGAUAACAUUGCAAAUAUACGGAUUCAAAAACCCACUAAACCAACACAGAGAAAGGCAUUCACUCUUUCUGUUUCUCAUUGUUCACAAGCCCACUGUGGAAGACUCUUGGAAGACAAAGGAAUGUGUUCAGGGUUUAAUCCGUUUUGAGAAAGUUUACUCUUCCGUUAUCGCACACCAGAGAUUUCCUCCAGCUUUCUGCGGACGGCAUGCCUGGCAGGUCCAAGUUCUAUUCUGAAUGCAAAGCUCAAACAUUGGCCUUCACUUGAAGGACCGCUCCCUGGAUAAUCAUAGCGUAAUUACAGUAUCCAUCUUUAGGAGGUGGGGUGAAAGAUGCGAGUCCACCAUUGAGACAGUCUCAACGGGAAAGGUUACUGGAAACAGCUCCUCUCUCUGACACCAUAUUGACAAACCAGUGAAUGAACCUUUUCUGAUGCAAACAGUCACCAGAUCUCUGCUACAGGCCUGGGUUUUGGUCAUGCAUGGGAUACAGAAACAAAAGAUCAUGAACCAUAGAAAGAGUGAAAGAAAAACUGCUGUGGAGAUGAAGUGAAGAUUAAUGCAGAGAGCAGGACUUUCUACACUGAAGUGACACAUUUAGACACAGAGUGUCAAACUCCUGUGGUUUUUUUAUUUACAUUUGAGGCAUCACUAUAUACAGCACAUUUCGACAACUUGUGUCUCAUGCUGACAUUUUAAUGUAACAUACCUUUGAAACACUGGCUUUAUAUAUAAUGUGCAUACAUUGUAAGAGCACUAUGUAAACAGGACCAGUAGAGCCUUAACUGGAGUCUUAACACUGGACACAUUCCCCAGUUUACUGCAGGAGAUUAUUCAUGAGUAAUACUAACAGUGAGCAAACUUUUGCUUGUGUAUGAAUUUAGUAUUCAGUUAGUUUUACAGUUUCCAUGUUCUGAAGUGGUAUUUAUUGAAUCCUCAGUGAAACGAUGCAGUGACUGUUUUUCUUUCCGAAAUCAGUUUUGUUGUGUAUUUACUGGGGUUGUGUGUAAGUGACCUGUGAAUGUUCAAACAGAACAUUUUUAUUAAAAUGGGGACGUAACAGAGCAAGGACUAAA